UUUUUGGGAUUGGAAUGCCAACGUAGGCUAUUUAGAGCAGUCUAAAUGAACUGGUGAGGAACUGAGCUUGUUUGUAGCAGCAAGAUUAGAAAGGGGGAAACACACAAACACUUUUUUAAUUUUGUAACUCGUAACAAAAUGACAACUAUUUCAAUGGAAGGGAUAAGAAAGUAGGCAUUUUCAGAGUUGACCCUUGCCAACACCCUUGCUGACAUUUGAAUCUAGGUAACGGAUGGAUGGUUGGAUGACAUUAGUGAUGCAGUGGACAUUAGUUUGAGUAGACUCUGGGAGUUGGUGAUGGACACGGGGGAGCCUGGCGUGCUGCAGUCCAUGGGGUUGCAAAGAGCUGGACACGACUGAGCAACUGAACUGAACUGAACAGAACAGUAAUGUGAAAGAGAAACUUCACAUUCAAAACUUUGAAGGAAAAGAAAACUCAAUUUGGCCCAAGUAAAUUCCUUGAGUAAAUCCAGGUGUCAAAAUUACAUAGAAUGUAGGUGUGCUGGUGAGACUUGAGAUGGAAUUCAGGGAUUGAGGUGAUUUGGUAGCCAUUUGCAUGGUAGAGAGAGUGGAAGCUAUUUGAGUGAAAUCUCCAAGGACGAAAAUAUAAGAGAAGUUUGAAGACAGAGCCUUAGAAAGACUUAUUCAGGGCCUUGGGAGAGAAAGAGCAACUGGUCAAGGAAUCAGUAGUGGUUAGAGGUUUAAGAGUAAAGCCUUUGGAUUAGGUGGUUAUAAAACCUUUGGUUUCCUUUAAAAGAAACUUUGCAAAAACCAGGUGGUCAAGCAUUUAAGAGUUGAAUAGAUGUCUAGGAUUUAUGGUACCUAGUUUAUACUCUCACUUUUUGUGACUCUGGAAUUUUCUCUAGAGGAAUAGACCCAAAUUUCAUAUUGUGUAUCUAGCUAACACACAAGCAUUUUAAAAUCAAGACCCCAAAGACUGUAUUAUUUCUGUUUGCUAAACUUCAAGCUUGCGCCAUAUUUGUGUCCCCCUACUUGGUUAUUAACUCCACUUUUCAUCCGUUUACCCAAAUGGAUGUCUAAGAUUUAUGUGCCACUGUCUUCCCUUACCACUAAGACCUUUCCCCUUGCUUUCAAAACAUUUUAAAAAAUGUUUGGCUGAUUAUUGCUAUAGACUGAAUGGUUGUGUCCCCCCCUAAAAUUUGAUGAUAAUAGGAAGUGUUAGGAUGGUAAUGGGGAGGUGAUAAUGUAGUGAGGGCAGAGCUCUCAUGAAUGGAAUUAAUUCACUUAUAAAAAGAGAACCCCCAAACUACCUUGCCCAUUUCUCCAAAUGAGGUUACUAUAGAAAGCAGCCAUUUAUGAACCAGCAGUGGGUGCUUUCUAGAUACCAGAUAUAUCAGUGCCUUGAUCUUGGAUUUCUCAGCCUCCAGAUCUGUGAGAAAUAAAUUUCUGUUGUUUAUAAGUCACGGUCUAUUUUUGUUACAGCAGUACAAACAGACAAAGACAGAUAUUGGUACUGAGAAAAGGGGAUGCUGCUGUAAUAAAUACCUAAAAAUGUGGAAGUGGCUUUGAAAUUGGGUAAAAGGUAGAGGCUGGAAGAGUUUUGAGAUUCAUUCUAGAAAAAGCCUGUGCUGUGCUAAGUCUCUUCAGUCAUGUCUGACUCUUUGUGACCCUAUGGUCAUAACCCACCAGGCUCCAUUGUCCAUGGCAUUCUCUGGGCAAGAAGACUGGAGUGAGAUGCUGUGCCCUCCUCCAGAGAGAAAAAGUCUGCAUUGCCAAAAAUGAAUGGAUUGUUAAGGGCAACUGUGAUGCGAGCCCAGAAAGAAAAGGUUCAAUGCACUUACGGAAAAAGGAAAAUUUGAUAGUAAGAUAAUAGAAUGUUGUAAUACGGCAAUGGAUUCCUCAGUGGAAAACAACAUGUAUAUAAACAAAGUGUGGGUUCAAUGUGAGAAUGAAAGUUGUUUGAAAUGGAGACUGUUAUCAAAUGAGGAUAAAGCCAAAGUCAAUCACAAUGAACCAUGGUACUGCUUCAUGAACACUGACUCAAAGUACAAUAAGUGCUCUGUUUCUGAAGAAGACUUUCCUGAAGAGUCUCAGCUUCAUCAAAGUGGGUAUAAGAUCGUCUAUUCACAGCUGCCUCUUGGAAGCCUGGUUUUGGUAAAAUUAAAGAAUUGGCCAAGUUGGCCAGGGAUACUUUGCCCUGACCCUUUUAAAGGGAAGUAUGUGACCUAUGACCUGGAUGGAGAUGUUGAACAAUAUCACGUAGAAUUCCUGGGUGAUCCACAUUCGAGAGCAUGGAUAGACGCGGCAUUUGCCGGACAUUAUAGUAUCACGUUAAAGCCAGAAAAAUGUAAGAAACAUAAGUGGUAUAAGAGUGCCCUACAAGAAGCAUACCUCCUCUAUGGAUGUUCUCAUGAGCAAAGGCUGGAAGGAUGCUACCUAUCAAAACAGGACAAAUCCAAAGCAGCUGGCAAAGUUACUGUGGUGGCCAAGAAAAGGGUGCAAAUUUCCAAAAAUAAUACUGAAAAGAAAAAUCCCAAAUUUAGAAAAAGGAAAAGGAAAGCUGUUUUAAAAUCCUCUUUUGAAAAUGUUUGUUCAGAUGAUGCCUUAUCAAAGGAAAACAUGGCUGCUGGAAGGUUCCUUUGGAGCGUGCGGAGUCGCCUUGGCCUUGGCAGUUCCUGUGGAGUUGUAAAGUGCUCCCCAGGACCAAGGAGGGUUCAGUGUAGAAGUCAUCCUAAUCAGCUGCCUGUCGUGAAUGGGAAGAUGGAGAUGGAUGUGGAGGGAGUUUCUCCGCGCCCGGAGCCCAUCCCCCGCUCCCAGGGGGCUGGAGGAGCCUGCCAGGCGCCGUCACAGCCGCCCCAGCCCCAACCCCAGCCCCCGCCGCUGCCUCCGCAGCAUCCGGCUCCGGAUGAACCGCCCGGCGAGAGUGCCGGCGCAGAGGACAGCGACGAUCCUGAGGCGAAACCCAGCGGCGACAAGGGCGAGAGCAAGCACUCUACAGAGCAGCUGGACACCCACCAUCCGGACUGCCAAUACUGCCGGGCCCUCAGGAACAGGCUGUCUUCUGUUUCCUGCCCAGUGUCACCAACAAAGGAUGAGACGCCUGCAGCCGAUGCCGGGAGGGUUUGUGGGCUGGGCCCUGAGGAUCAGGUGCUGCUCUGGAGUGGGGAGGAUUGAGCAGCAGAAGCACUUAGGAAAGACAAGAGACUAAUUGAAUUGUAAAGCCCUCCUCUCAGCAAGAGUGCAACAGUUUAUUAUAUAUAGGAAAGUGUUAUUUUCAGUAGUGCUGAGCAUCCAUUGUCUUGCUUCUCUUGGUAGUUGGGGGUUCGCAUGGCUCAGUAGUCUCCUGGUGGUAGCUCAUCACUGCUCAUCCGCGGGACUCCAGGUGUGCACAACAGCAAACUCACUUGUCUUCGGUAGUUUGCUGACUUUCAGUAACAUAAAAACCAUGACUUUACACACAUUUGAAAACUUUAUGAAGUGGUCUUCAAGGUCAGAGAACAGAAUAUAUCGUACUUAACUAUUUAUCAGCUUUAUAUCUCACUUUAAGGUAUUAAACCUAGGGCAUAUAUUCCUCUCCCUGAAAAUGUUAGGGUUAGACCUUUAAUGUAACUCUCGGGUUGUACGAGCUGCCUGUUAAAACCCAGCUUCCUUCCUCUUCCUUGACCUGUUUGUCUUUCAUGCUGAAAGGACGGCUGUGUCUCUGAAACUUUGUGAGCUUUCUACAAAGGAGGGACUGGAAAAUGAUGGCUAAGAUUUUUCCAGCUUUAAGCAUCUGGUCUUUCCCCAUGGAGUUCAAGGCACAUUCUGCAUUAAAGAAAAAAAGGAAUUUGAUUCCUUCAGUGUUCUGUUUUCACUAAGAUUGUGUGGUGGUGAGAUUGUGUGCUGACAGAUUUGGAGCUUGUUCCUGUGAUUAUUAACCCGGCUUCUUUUGGCUACAUGGGUAGGCAAAAAUAGGCAUUUUACCUAAUCAUUUAAGGAUCAUUUCUGUCUUUAACAAUAGCAGUGACAACAAUGGUAUUAACUGA